AUUAUUUCUUUGUUUGCUUGGUAAUGUAAAUAUACAAACAGUCAACCUUUUUUCUUUGCUUAUUUACUUUAAAAUAAAAACUAGAGAUGAGCGAGAUCGAUCCUCCCCCGAGCAGUAGGGCAUACAACCCGGAAUAUCCUCUCGAUAGUGACGACGCCGACGAUGAGCUGGGUGGCAGAUUCCGACGAGACCCGUUCUCCAUUUCGGCGUCAUCACACAUAGCUGGGCCGAAGCCCGAACAAUAUGAAACCAACUUUCCGCUGGACUCGGAAGGUGAGGACUACACUCGACACCCUAGUAAUGUUACCGUUCGCGAACAGCCACCACCACCCAAGGUGUACAGGGAUUUGUUCUGCGUGAAAACGUACCGCCGGGAGGAUCUCUACCCAACGGAGCUGGACCCGGUGUGCUAUCCAGCCUGGACAUUGUCCGCUUAUUGGCCAGUUUAUGUUUCCAAUUUCCAACUGAUCAGUUUUGACGAAGUGGAGCGGAACGUGCAGGUGGCAACCUAUUUUGCCAGCAAAGGACUCCUCAGUCGGAUGAUCUACGUUCGAGAAGGCGAGGAUUCGGCUGUCCGGCGUCAACAAAGAAAAACUCUGUUGCAGGACAUGUUGGUGUAUUUUACCUGUCAAGAGGAUGCGGAACGUGCCAUUCGUUGCUGUGAUAAAACCACCUACUACGGACACACAUUGAAUGUUUUACCUGGAAGAGUUCCGGUGUAUUUCGAUCCAGAACGAACUGUUUGUUUCAGAGUAGGAAAGAAAUCCUUCCAUCUUACGGACACAAUUGUGGAACAGAAAUUGCGAUACAGAGGAUGCGAUAAUAUCGGGACGAUUGUCAAGUAUACUGACUGCGAAGUGUUUGUGGAGUUUGACGACGGAUACUCGAUGCGGAGGGCCGUUGCGGAAACAAAGCUAUGGAUUCCAUCCAUGUUAUCCCAUCCUGUCAAAAAACAAAGGUAUUUAGAGCAGGACUGUAAAUACCAAAUGAUGUUUAUGAUCCAGGAAAAUCCCUCUUUCCUGGAUAUGGUUCCCCCGGAGUAUGUUUUGAAUGAUUUGCUAAACGGCAAGUUACCUCCGGUGGUGAGGGACUGGGAAAAUUGGACGGCCCCGAAACGCCUACGACCGGAAGUGAUGCAGGCUAUCACGCGUGAGCGGUUGAAAACUAAGCAACAUUUGCUUGAGAAUGCAAAAGCUAAGCGAGAGGCCAAACGCAAAGGUUUGCCCAUUGUUAAGAAUCCAGAUUCAGGAUACAUAAAAAGGCACAAGCAAGAGGUACUCCGCCAGAAGGAAGCCAUACUUGGUAUUACGCACCACAAUCCGAAACGACGAAAGGACAGUUUUGCCCACGCCGAAUGGAUCAAAAGCAGAUAUAAUAAGUUACUGGAGGAGUUCAACGACACCAGAUCGAAACUUUUGAUAGAAAAUCGGAACCGAACUCUAGCGGAGCGCAAUAAGCUGUUCUACGACUUGCUACGGGUGGAGAAGGAGCUCGGCAAUCACAUCGACAAAUAUCUCAUCGGACUAGAAUUGAAUGAGCUGUACAAUGGUUUGGCUGUGGCUAUUAUAGUGGCGGGCGAAACCCCAAAUUUCCCCAGAUAUCCAACCGACUUGGAGCACUCCGAUGAGCAGGAACCGCUGGACAAGUUAUGGCCGGUGUACGUAACUAACUUUCCCGUGACCGAUCUGGAUCCGAAGGCGCGGAAUCAGCAGAUUACUGAGUUCUUCGCUUCCAAAGGUUGCCCCGUCCAGAUGGUCUACCUGGAUGAUAAUGACGGAUUCUACAAUUCUUAUCUGAAAAUCAUAAAACAGUUGGACAUGCUGGUGUACUUUCAGUCUAAGGAAGUGGCCGACUCAGCUAUAGAGAAAUUCAACCGUAUAACGUAUCGGGGUUCCAAAGUGAACCUGCUUCCAGGUCGAAAGCCUGUCUAUUACCAGCGGAAUAGAACCGUGUGUCUUAAAUUGGAUAAAGAUCCGAUUAUCGGGGAACAGUCCAUAGACCGUGUGCUGGUUAAUAGUUCCCCAGAAUGGCUGCACAGUUUGAACCGUCAUCCAAAAAGAGCUAUCUUCGCGUUUAUGAAUAAAACCCAGUUAAGAACUGCACUUUACAGUGGUGUCCACCUGGAAGCUUUACCGAAGCGGGGAACAUGGCAAAGGUACACGGAGAAGGAUGUGAAGCAGGAUCUCCUGCGUCGGAUAGUGAACGAUGCAGAUUUCUUGAAUCACCAACCGGAACCAAACGCUUUGCGGCAGCUGUUCGUGGUCGAAUCGAUGCCGGCGGAUGACAGCGGUGAAAUAGUUUGGGUUGGCGAAUACUAUCAGCAGCGCAAGAGGAUGAACGAAAGGAUCGGGGCGGUGCUGGACGAGUGGGAAAAACUACAGUGACUUGGGAGCAGUUAUGGGUAAGUUUUUUUUUGUUUUUUUUUUUUUUAUUAUUAUUACAACCUAAAUUGGUUAAGACUAGUUUUGAAUUGAUUUCAAGUCAGUGAUAUUCUACACAGUAGAAAAAGAAGCAUGGAGCGGAAAAUCUAUCCUAAAUAA